AUGCGUCAAGCAGCGCUCUUAUCAAACCAAGGUCGUUAUUUGCGUUACAUUUGGUGGUGCACUGUGACGCGAGUGUAUGCGUGUCUGUGUGAAUAUAUGUCACCAACUCUUGGAAGUGAAUACCCUAACACUACUGUGAUACUUCCACCAAAAUUACUUGUUAUCUCACUGGAUGGUUUUCGUCAUGAUUAUUUAGAUCGUGCUAAAGAAAGGCGGAUUAAUAUUUCUGGAUUUGAAAAAAUUUGGAAUUCAGGAUUUCGUAUAGCAAAAGUACACAAUGAAUUUAUUACACGUACGGGACCAAAUCAUAUCUCUAUGGUAACUGGUCUACAUGAAGAAAGUCAUGGAAUUAUUGAUAAUGUAUUUUAUGAUCCUAUGCUAAAUGAUACAUUUGAUUUAGUCAAUGAAAUACAUGCACCUCAAUCAAAAUGGUAUGAUGUUGGUUCAGAGCCGAUAUGGGUAACAAAUCAACGUCAUGGUUAUCAAAGUGCUGUCUACUUUUGGCCUGGUAGUGAUACAAGUAUUAAAGGGUAUUUACCGUCAUAUUAUCAUACACCGUAUAAUCCUGAGAUUUCUUUAACUAAACGUAUAGAUACAAUUGUUCAAUCACUGACUUCUGAGAAUGUGACACUUGGUUUAAUCUACUAUCAUGAACCUGAUUCACAGGGACAUAUCAGUGGACCAGAUUCCCCAGAGAUUUAUAAUGUUAUCCGGGAAUUAAAUCAUGAUAUGGAGUAUUUAUUAUCGUUAAUCGAUAAACAACCAGGAUUGAAGGCAUCAUUGAACAUUAUUCUAACAAGUGAUCAUGGUAUGUCGUCGGUGAGUACUAAUCGGACAAUUAUUCUGCAUGAUUAUAUCGACGAAAAUUGGUAUUACAGUCCUGGAGCAGAUCAUCGUAUUGUUUGGUUGUUAUGGCCUAAAAAUGGUAUAUCAUCCGAUGAUCUUUAUAAACGACUGGUUAAGAAACAUUCAAAAAUGAAUGUUUAUCUCAGGGAAAAUGUACCAAAUCGAUUACAUUAUUCAAAUAGUCAAAGAAUUAGCCCAUUAGUUGUUUAUUGUGAACCAGGGUGGAUGAUUGUGAAGUCAAAAGAAUCAAUUGCAGAGUUUACUAAACUUGGAGAUCAUGGUUAUGAUCCUAACGAUAGUGAAAUGUCGCCGUUUUUCUUGGCUAUGGGACCAGGAUUUAAAGAUAUGUCACGGAGUCGAAGGACAAUUCCAUCUAUCCAAAUGGUUGAUAUUUAUCCACUUAUUAAUGGUAGUCUAUCACGUGUCAAACAUCUUCUACGUGGGAAUAAUGAUGAUACUUAUUUCUCAAGCUUUUUAGAUGCACUUACAGUUGGCGUUAUUUUACUCUGUUGCCUUACCCUAUCACUUACUCUGGUGAUAGUUGCAUGUUAUUCUUCCUUGAAUUAUCCCUAUUUAUUCCCUCAUCGGAGUCGGAGUGGUUAUUAUCAUCCUUUGCGUGAACAGCAGCAGCACACCGAUGAACCACCGCUUCUUGGAGAACAUCAAAAUCAUCAGCAUUGUCAACCAAAUCUACUCUUACUUCAACGACGUUAUCGUAGUAAUAAUUAUCAAAAAGCGAUUCAAUUAGAAGACUUGAAAACGUCUACUGAUACCCGGAAAAAGUUGAAUCAUAAACGUAAAUUGCAUAAUGUCUAUUUGAAUAAAGAAUCAAUUGGACAAACGGAUAGACAACACUUACUGCUUAAUUAUACUACUGAUAAUGAUAAUAAGAAUCAUCAUGAAGUCAAUAAUUCCGGUGAUAUUAUUCAUAAUGUUGCUGAUGUUUAUCGUGGCGGUGGUGUUGGUCCUCAUGACGAUGAUAGUGAAGAAGAAUUUGAAGAAUUCAAUAAAUUUUCUAGUCAGUAUAUUGAUGAUGAGACAUUUAUCAAUUUGUUACGUCAACCCAACGGUCGAUAUCCAUAA